GCGGAUUUGCAUAAUACACCCACCGGCCGAUUGUCACCGGGGCUGAACGCGAUCUCUGGCCCAUAUACUACAUCUGACUGAACCAUCCGUGGGCGCAUAACUUGCAGAACAAUGUAAAGUCGCAUAGCAUUAAGUUACAAUGUCUGUAUAGACUUUACAGUUGCAUCUCUUUAUAUGCUGCGGAGGAGGUUGAGGUUCGGCCUGACACGUGGGACGGCGCAGUAAUAUAACGCCGGAUAUCUUGCUUAUAAAAUGCAAGCGCUGCUCACCAGCACUGCUAGGGUUACUUAUAAAUGGUGGUUAGUUCAGUACGCCUUUUCAGUAAUCCAAUGAAAUAAUGUGCGGUCAGUUUACACAUUUUCCUGAAAACAUAGCUCUGAUUGACGCGGUGUCCUUUCCGGAGAUGGUUCGGGAAGACGUGGCACGACGGCCUCCUCCAGCAACAAAGACUGGUGUGCAAAGAUGAUGGAAGAGAGUGGAAUUGAGACGACGCCCCCCACUACGCCCUCUCCCCCACCCAGCAUAGUGGCACUGAGCUCACCACCCAUGUCUGUUGGACUGUCUAGUCCUUUGACCCAUCCUAGUACAACCGGACAGCCUCCCUUCACCCCCCAGGGAUUCUCCACGCCAGUCCCGCCCAUCAUGUCUGCACCAGUCCCGCCCAUCAGGUCAUCGGCUCCACCCCCCUUUGUCAGCCCCGUGGGUGCCGUAUCUCCUGGCUCUCACGUCCUGCCGCCCGUCGGAGUCCCCUUUGCGGGGCCCGCUUCGACUUUUUCCUCCCCGUUGCCGCCCCUGAGCAGCCCCUCCCUGCCAGGCCCUGUCAUGUCAGCUCCACCUGCCGGCCCCCCCACCUCCGGCUUCACCAUUGGUGGAGUCUAUGACAUCACGCGGGGUCACGCUGGGCGGGCACCACAGACGCCCCUCAUGCCCAGCUUCUCUACCGCCCCGCCUCCCCCUGGGGCCGUGACCAAUCCGAUGGUGCAGCAGACUGUGAUGCCGCCGGGCCUGGAGGCGGAGUCGCCCAUCACCUUCCCUGAGGACAAUGAGGACCUCCGGCCAGUAGAGGGAGCCAAUGCGGGUGGAAUCUGGGGCUUCAUCAAGGGCGUGGCGGGGAAUCCCAUGGUGAAGACGGUCCUGAAUAAAACCAAGAAUUCAGUGGAGUCCAUGAUCACCACGCUGGACCCUGGCAUGGCGCCAUAUAUCAAAUCCGGCGGCGACCUAGACAUCGUGGUGACCUCCGAUAAGGAGGUGAAGGUGGCUGCAGUACGGGAUGCUUUUCAGGAGGUGUUUGGGCUCGCCAUGGUGACGGGGGAGGCCGGUCAGUCCAACAUCGCCCCCCAACCUGUGGGCUAUGCGGCUGGGGUUAAGGGAGCUCAGGAACGGAUUGACAGUCUCAGGCGGUCGGGCGUCAUCCACGAGAAGCAGCCUGUUGUCUCUGUGGAAAACUUCAUUGCCGAGCUCUUUCCUGACAAGUGGUUUGACAUCGGCUGCCUGAUCCUAGAGGACCCUGCAAACGGCAUCCACAUAGAGACCUUCACCCAGGCGACGCCGGUGGCCCUGGAGCACGUUCAGCAGGCGCAGUCUCUUACACCGCCGGACUACAGCCUGCGCUGGUCGGGCCUCCUGGUGACAGUGGGUGAGAUUCUGGAGCGCAGCAUCCCUCAUGUGAACCGGACUGACUGGCACAUGGCCUUCACUGGCAUGUCCCGUCGGCAAAUGAUCCACAGUGCCGCCAAGGCCUUGGCUGGCAUGUACAAACAACGCCUGCCCCCCAGGACCGUGUGAGAGUGCUAUCUAGUGGUGACCCCCCCCAAGGGACUGGAGCCCUGGUUGGAGGAGAUUUGGGCAGGGGGUUAAACCCAGCCCCCUCCCACCUGUUCUGUGCCAGCAAGCCAAUUGUACAGGUCUUUGUGUUUUUAAUGCUGAGCGAACCACGGAGUACCAGAAAGUUCUGGUUGAUCUGUUUUGAAGUUUUUUUUUUUCUUUUUUUUUCUUUUUUUUUUGUUUUUAAAUUUUUAGAAAAUCUGCCAAAAAUAGAAUCUGAAAAAAAUCAUCCCACCAGAAGAAUUCAUCCUUUUUCAUGAGCGCCCCCUUGAGGACAAGACAAGAUGUUUUCUUUGUAUCCUGUUUUGAUAACAGACUCCCCUGGGAAAAUAGUUCCACUGUUGUCUACUUGUGGCCAUGGUCUAUGAUACAAAAUGUCAGCUCAGAGAAUGAUUGGGGGUGGGGGGCUGGAGGGGGGUGUCAGAUUGCUGAGGGUAAUGACUCUCUGGGUUUCUGUUUGCCUUCCGGAACGUGACUCCGCUCCGUACCCUGGCGAUUUUUUUUCAAAGAGCACAAAAGAUUCUGCACGUAGAUGUUUUUUAAAAAAUCUUCAUUUUGUACGACAUCUAAGUAGAAGUGGGUCCAGUUCCUGUCAGCAGAUAAUUCUUUAUUCGUGGUAUCUAGUUUUCCACAUGGCCUGUGCGCUUCCUUUGGGGGGGGGGGUAGUAAAGUGUUUGGAUGUCUAGCCAGGGAAAAGUCAGUUUGUUUCAUAAUUCUUUACUCUGUACCUUUCUAAGAUGUGCCAUAAAUUUAUACAGCUCACAUAAAAAUGAUACCUAAUGAAUUUUAUGAGGGAACCUCAGUCAAAAACUUGUAACAGAUCAGUGACUUGGUGACACAGGGUGUGAAGUGCGAGAACAUGGCCGAUAAUCAACGCGAAGUAUGAACUGUUAUAUAUGAAUUGCAUAUUGUACAAAAUGUACGGGUUUGUGGCCAGCGUCUUAUUUUAAUGUUAAACCUGUUUAAUGCUAGCAGACACACCUGGGUCCGAGGUCAGCGUACUUCUUAAAUAUUAAAUUUUGUGCCCAGCUUGCUUGACCAUUUACGCAUCACACCACCAACUUUUUUUAGUAGUAUAUAACGGAAAAAUGUCGAAGUUCACACCCCAAAGAGUAUUUUACUGCCAGUAUUACGGCGUUCACCCUUUGUGGAAGGUCCUGUUAUUUGGAGGGGGUGGUGGAAUGUGGUGCUCUUGCUAUGCAGUCCAUCCCCGAGCACUCGUCCCCGGGGCCCUACCCAUUUAGAACGGUACAGAGGAGAUGUGAUGGUCAGCAGUGUGCUCUUCUAUAGGUGUGAGCUCUGUAGGAUGCAGUGAACCAUGGAGUCUGUCAAUCCUCAGAUCUGUAUCAUCUUUAAAUGCUCUUCAAAUCAGAUCCGUUACCAAAAGGUGGAAACAUUUAAUCUCUGACUGUUUGGUUGUAUUAUCAGGAAUCUUUAUCUUUUCUGAGACACAUAAUUAUUAAAUGAAGAGAUUUGGCUUGUUUUGGCCAAUUUAUCUAAGACCACAAGCAAACACACAACUUAUUUUCUAGCAUCUUCUCAGUGAAGCAGAAUUCCACAUUGUAUGCCGGUCGUACGAACUCCAUUAUUUAACUUCAUGUUAGACAAAAACAAGCCAUAGAGUGAUUGCAGAAAAAUGCUAUAAUUGCAGUACUGUGAAUGACCUCUGGGUUUGCCAGUCUAAUGUACAAUAAAUAACUGAUUUAUAAAGCAUUUGAAUAGCUAGUGAACUGCCAGUACUCUGUAACAUACUCAUUCUGUUAGGUACCUGUUUGUUUACCUCAUUUAUUAUACAUACCUUAAGAGCUGGGCUUGACUUCCCUUUGCCUUUUCUCAUUGGGAGAGUAAAAUCACUUUGCUCCUC